CUGACUUUAUCAGUAUUUUUGACCUUUCGUCUUCGUCCUUUUCUUCUCUACUGAUGGAUUCAUUCUCUUUCUCUCCUUGUGUGCUUCGAGUUCAUGCAUGAACUAGUUCCUCAUCGCCAUCUCUUUUCUAAACUUCAAUACCCACAAGCCCUUCCAAAAUAAUAUAUAUAUAUAUAUAUAUAUAUAUAUAUAUGGCUUCCAUGAACUGGUUGGGUUUCUCUCUUUCCCCUCAAGAACUCCCACCGCAGCCUACGGAUCAUCAAGAUGACUCUCAAAACACAGUCUCUCGCCUUGGCUUCAACUCUGACGACAUCUCCGGCACUGAUGUCUCCGGCGACUGCUUCAAUCUCACUUCUGACUCUUCCGCUCCAUCCCUCAACCUUCCUCCCCCUUUUGGCAUACUUGAAGCACUCAAUAGAAAUACUCAACCCCAAGAUUGGAAUAUUAAUGGUUUAGGGAUGAACUCAAGUAGCAACUACAAGAGCAGCUCAGACCUGUCUAUGCUAAUGGGUAGUUCAUGCAGUAGCCAGAACCUUGAAAACCAACAGCAGCCAAAGCUCGAGAACUUCCUCGGCCGACACUCUUUUGGUCAUCGCGAAAGCGCCGCAUACAAUAACACCAGUUCUGACUACAUGUUCAAUAGCAACAUUGGUGGCGGUGGUGGAGGUGGGAUCCACAACAAUAGCUCCAUUGGGUUGUCGAUGAUCAAGACCUGGUUGAGGAACCAACCGGCACCACCGCCUCAGCCGGAGAACAAGAAUGACGGUGGUGCAAGUGGCGGAAACCUAACAAGUAGUGCGCAAACGUUGUCGCUUUCGAUGAGCACGGGGUCACAGUCUAGCUCCACUUUGCCACUUCUUACGGUAAGCAGUUCCGGCGGCGGGAGUGGCGGAGAGAGUUCCUCAUCGGAUAAUAAGCAGCCCAAGACAACAACGGCGGUCGAUAGCCAAACCGGUGCGAUCGAGGCGGUGCCAAGAAAGUCCAUUGAUACUUUUGGACAGAGGACUUCUAUAUACCGUGGUGUAACAAGGCACAGAUGGACCGGCAGAUACGAGGCUCAUCUAUGGGAUAAUAGUUGUAGAAGAGAGGGACAAACUCGUAAGGGAAGGCAAGUUUAUUUGGGAGGCUAUGACAAAGAAGAAAAGGCAGCUAGGGCUUAUGACUUAGCAGCAUUGAAAUAUUGGGGUACCACUACCACCACGAAUUUCCCAAUUAGCAACUACGAAAAAGAGUUGGAAGAAAUGAAGCACAUGACCAGGCAAGAGUAUGUUGCGUCUUUGCGAAGGAAGAGUAGUGGGUUUUCACGGGGUGCAUCCAUUUAUAGAGGAGUAACAAGACACCACCAGCAUGGACGAUGGCAAGCAAGGAUUGGAAGAGUUGCAGGGAACAAAGACCUCUACUUGGGAACUUUCAGCACCCAAGAGGAAGCCGCAGAGGCUUAUGACAUUGCUGCCAUAAAGUUCCGUGGACUGAAUGCAGUAACAAACUUUGACAUGAGCAGAUAUGACGUGAAGAGCAUACUGGAGAGCAGCACGUUGCCCAUUGGUGGGGCUGCGAAGCGAUUGAAAGACGUUGAGGCGCAGGCUGCUGAAAUGACUGUGGAGGGGCAAAGGAGAGAUAUUGAUCAUCAUGACAACAUCACUUCUUCUCAGCUAAGCGAUGGAACAAACGGCUACCAUGGGUGGCCUACUCUCGCAUUCCAACAACAACAACCUUAUAGCAUGCACUACCCGACGCCGUAUGGGCAAAGGGUUUGGUGCAAGCAAGAACAAGAUUCUGAUAAUGUUCACGGCUUCCAAGAUCAUCUUCAUCAUCAGUUACAGCUGGGAAAUACCCACAAUUUCUUUCAGCAAAGUUCUGUUCUACACAACCUGAUGGGGAUGGAGUCGGGUUCAAUGGAGCACAGCUCUGCAGGAUCCAAUAACUCAGUCAUUUAUAGCAGCAGCAGCCAAGGAGGAGGAAAUGGGUAUGGAAAUCAUAUUGGUGGGUAUGUAAUCCCUAUGAGUACGGUGAUUGGUAAUAAUGAUCAUCAUCAACAACAUCAUCAAGGAAAUAGUAAUGGUUUUGUUGGGGAAAGCGAUGAGGAACAGCAGGUGAAGGCGCUGGGUUAUGAUCAAAAUCAUGUGUUUGCGUCAACAGAUAUUCCUUAUCAUCAUGCCAGGAACAACGUCUAUUAUCUCUCACACCAAUCAUCAGUACUACCAGCAGGUGUGGCUAAGGCCAGCGCAUAUGAUCAUCACGAUCAUGAUCAUGAUCAGAGCUCCACGUGUAAUAAUUGGGUCCCAACUGCGGUUCCAACCGUCAAACAAUAUGGCUGUACUUUGCCAUGGAGCUCCAACGUACACACUACUACUUUGGAAUGAUGUUGAUGAUGGAUCAUACGUACCUAAAGAUAGAAAGAAAGAAGGAUGCAUGGAUGUACACACACUACUACUACAGUACUACUAGCUACUGAUCGAUGAUCAUUAAUUUCCUAAUUUUGAUUUUUUUUUUUUUUUUUUUUUUUUUGUUCUAACUUAAUUAAUUGCAGGCAAAUUUUAGAAUAUUUAAGGGUCCAGGUAGCUGAAUUCAGUUCAGGCAUAGCGAUUAGUAGGGCUAUGAAUUUUGGGAUCUCCACACAAUAUGAAUGGAUCCUCGGAAAAGUUGUAUUAACACCAGGCUUUGUAAUUUUGAAUAACAUAUAAUUAAUAUGUCGA